GGCGUUCGUGCCGUGGCCGCGGGGAGGAGAGAGGAGGCAAACGAGGUGGCAGCGGGCGCGAGUGUGCGCGUUUGCGCGUGUGUUGGUGCGGCCUAGGCUCGUCGCGGCGCGCCCCGUCAGUCGACGGCGGCGAGUCGCGCGCGGCGUCUCGUCCAACUCUUUCGUUUGGCUGCACGCACACCUGCCGCUUCAGGCUUUGACGGCUCUCGAGCGUGGAGGCCGGCUUCGCGACGUGCUUUCAGUGCGCGGCGAUUUUACCCGAGCGUGGACUGAUGCUCUCGCCAAUCCUUACGUAUACUUACUGUCAAAACAUCUAGUGCCGUGACUCCAUCGGGCCGGUUGGCCGCGUGCUGUGACAGUGAAAUCGUGAGUCUAGCCGUAUCGUGCGGAUGUGCAGUGAUGGAUGAAUAGACAGAGGCGCGUUUAUACCAGACCGCCCGCGCCGCGUCGUCUGUAUUUCUGGCUGAGUGCAAGAGUGGGCCGUCAAAAUUGAGCCCAAACUGUAUCUAGAUUACAACGCCGCCCCGCUGUUCGCCUCGGAAAACGCCUCCAGUGAAGUGUGGAGUGCGGGCGGCGGGGCAGGCGCCGGCGCAUCAUGCGGUAGCAGCGGCAUGGACCUCAAGCACGAGGUGGCGUACCGCGGGCUAGCAGGCGCGGUGAAGGCCGAGCCAGGCGUGAGCCACAACGGCGCGGCGAACGGGCACGUGCGGGACUGGAUGGCGGGCGGCGCGGGGGCCAACUCGCCGUCGCCGGCGCCGCAGCCGAACAACGGGUAUUCGUCGCCGCUGUCCUCGAGCAGCUACGGCCCGUACAGCCCCAAUGGGAAAAUAGGUCGCGAGGAGCUGUCGCCGGCGUCCAGUAUAAACGGGUGCAGUACAGAUGGGGAGGCACGAAGGCAGAAAAAGGGCCCGGCGCCGCGACAGCAAGAAGAACUUUGCUUGGUUUGCGGAGACAGAGCCUCCGGAUACCACUACAAUGCGCUCACGUGUGAAGGGUGUAAAGGUUUCUUCAGGCGGAGUGUCACCAAAAACGCUGUAUACAUUUGCAAAUUCGGUCACUCGUGUGAAAUGGACAUGUAUAUGCGACGGAAAUGCCAAGAGUGUCGUCUAAAGAAGUGCCUAGGCGUCGGCAUGAGGCCCGAGUGCGUGGUGCCCGAGAACCAGUGCGCGAUAAAACGGAAAGAGAAGAAAGCGCAGAGAGAAAAGGACAAACUGCCGGUUAGCACGACGACGAUUGAUGACCACAUGCCGCCCAUCAUGGAGUGUGAACCCCCGCCGCCGGAGGCAGCUAGAAUUCACGAAGUGGUGCCGCGGUUCCUGUCCGACAAGCUGCUGGAGCAGAACCGGCUGAAGAACAUCCCUCCGCUCACCCCCAACCAGCAGUACCUCAUCGCCAGGCUCGUGUGGUACCAGGACGGGUAUGAGCAGCCUUCUGAAGAGGAUCUCAAGAGGGUUACGCAGACGUGGCAGCAAGCAGACGACGAGGAGGAGGAGAAUGACGCGCCGUUCCGGCAGAUCACGGAGAUGACGAUUCUUACCGUUCAGCUCAUUGUGGAGUUCGCCAAGGGCCUACCGGGCUUCUCCAAGAUCUCGCAGCCUGAUCAAAUCACGCUGCUAAAGGCCUGUUCUAGCGAGGUGAUGAUGCUCCGAGUGGCGCGGCGAUACGACGCGGCCACCGACAGCGUGCUGUUCGCGAACAACCAGGCGUACACCCGCGACAACUACCGCAAGGCCGGCAUGGCGUACGUCAUCGAGGACCUGCUCCACUUCUGCCGGUGCAUGUACUCCAUGCAGAUGGACAACGUCCAUUACGCAUUGCUUACGGCGGUCGUCAUAUUCUCAGACCGGCCCGGGUUAGAGCAGCCGCAGCUGGUGGAGGAGAUCCAGCGGUACUACCUGACUACGAUGCGCAUGUAUAUCCUGAACCAGACCGGCGGCUCCCCGCGCACGUCCGUCGUGUACGGCAAGAUCCUCUCCAUCCUCUCCGAGCUGCGUACCCUGGGCACGCAGAACUCCAACAUGUGCAUCUCGCUGAAGCUCAAGAACAGGAAGCUGCCGCCGUUCCUCGAGGAGAUCUGGGACGUGGCGGACGUGUCCACGACGCAGGCGACGCCCGUCCAGCAGUCGUCGGCGCUCUAGCAACCCUCGCCACGCUCGCCGGCCGGCCGCGGCCUGCUGUAGCCUGUAGCCUGCAGCCUGCCCCGCGGCCGGCGAACACUCGGAGAGAACGCUCAUAGACUGGCUAGUUUUAGUGAAGUGACACGGACACUUAGUCGGACGUGAUGAUUGUAUUUAUAAGGAUUGUGCAAAUUUUAACACUUAAGAAGGGCGCGCGCGCCCCAUUUCGUACGUAUUCGGUGACCGACGACGAAAAUGUGCGGGAGAUUAGUGAAUAUAUGUGUUGUUGAACGUUUGGAGAAUAUAUAUUUAGUGUUGAUCGUUGGGCGGCGGAGUCGUUCCGAGCCCGGGCGAGUCGGUCACUCGGAUACGACUCUAUGAUAAGAUUUCGUCAAUAAGUACACCUCCUAAAAUAAUCAUACGUACAUACACUACGAGAGUUUAUAGAGAAAAAAAUAAUAUAUGAAGAAUGUUUCUAUUGGAUGAAAAGAUGAAUAAUUAUGUUUAUUUACCAAAAUUAACGAUGCAUAGGUUGACCUUUUCGAUCGAUAUAUAUCUGGACGGGCCCUCGGCCCGGUUGUACAUAGAAUACGUCUGACGCGUUAUCGUGUCCGGUUUCGUUCCGAUUCGAGUUCCGUUGUCCUGUCCCGCGUCCCUCUACACGAGUAAUUAUAAUUUAUUGCUGUGAUUACAUUUAUAACAUGUUAAACUUACUUAGGCGAAAAUAAGUGUGUCUUAUUACAUAUAUAAAAAUUCUACUGCCGUCGGUUGCUUUCUUAAAAGCAUUAAGAGUCUCGUCUCUCUGUUUAGGUACUUUUGUAAUAAAUAACUAUAUACACUCGAUUCAUGUUCGCAGCGAGCACCGAGCUGCGAAGCUAGUCGCUUCCUACGGAGCCUAGACCACAGUACAACGUUCUCACUCGUAACACCUCAAUAAUUAGGGAUAAAACAUCAUUAUUAUGUAGUAUUUUCACUGCGAUAAGCAUAUUACAAUUAUUUUGCUUAAGAAAAAUCUGUAGUGCCUAAAUCGAAAUAAUGUGUCGUAUUUAUUUUCAAUUUAGAAUUAUAGGGGCAGGUUUGGCUAUCGAUUCCCAGUGUUCUUAAUUUUUUGUUACGUUUAUUUAAAUAAAUACAUAAACUAUGUUCUACUUAUUACACGUGGCGUUGCGUGCAUGUAUAAAGGCAGCUGUUAUGUAGGUUCGAUUGUAUAGAAAGCAUAGAAUGGUAGCGCCCGUAAAUGUUCUCCACAAUAAAUUAUUACGUUCGCUUAGCUACGUUCCUUAAACACUAACACAAAAAAGUACAAAAUGGCAGCUUAUUUAAUAUGUAUGCCUUAGUUUGAAAAUAAGUGAACUUUUGGCCGAGCUUACUCUAUGGGAACAAUAUAAGGUAGUCGAGUAAUGUCGCCAUGCACGCAGCGAUACGUGAAGUAGGUAUAACCUAACCUGCCUCUAGCUGAACUAAUGUAACAUCUGUACACUCGUCACUUCACCGAAGCAUGUUCUAAGUAAUCGAUCAACAAUAAGAUACCUACUGCCCGUAUUUUAGCUACAUCCAAAAGAAAUGCCUUAUUUUGCGGUACCUGUAUUGCGUACCUACAUUGUUGAUGAAUAAAAUCAUAGUAUAUAGAGAAUAAAAAAGUAAUAGAUCUCAAUUACCCAUAAGCGUUGUUCAUACUUUAGGCAUUUUCUCGUCGUUUUCUGGGCAUUCUUAUUUUUAUCAGAUGGGCAAGCAUAAUCGCUUUUAUUUCCAACAUAAAGUAACCGUCCCUUACUGGCGAUACAAGUGUGAGCAGGACGAAUGCUUUAAGUCCGACAUGAAUGCGAUAAUGCUAUAAUAAUCGUUUUUGGUAGCUGAAUGUAUACAUGUUCUUUGAAUACAGUGUCCGUCUUAAAACAUGUUUGAAAGUGUUAGCAUAGUUCUAUUUCAUUCAUAGUGUUCACAUAACAUUCAUAUCAUCGUCGAACACCAAACAACAUAACGAGUACAUAAUGCGUUAUAAUAAUGUUAGUGUCUCUAGGUGCGUGUUGAUUGUGUCUUCUUUACUAAUGAGUAUGCCACUGUGUCGUGAGUCUACAUUACACGUAUGCCUGGGAUUUUGGAAAAGCAUUUCUAAUAUACGUAUGAUAUGAAGUUGCAUGACGAUCGGGCUUGCACCGCGGGCCAUGCGCUAGUCGCUUCCAUUGAUAUCUGUUCUAGAAGUAGGCGAUUCCUAAUAAAAACGAAGCACAAAUGUUUAUUGGAAUCUUGGCGUCUUUAUGGCGUAAUUGAUAACGAACACACUGCCAUUGUAAUCGUAUGUUGGUGCGGUAUUGUAUGCGUGAGAUCAUUAUCAGGUUUUCUAUAGGAUUUUCAGUUGUUGUGAAAUGUUAUAUAAAAGACAGUCUUUGACUACCUUUACGCUAUACGAUGCCUUAUGAAGGCGCGGGCGGGUCGCCGCAGCUCCAGUCUACAUGCAGCCCGAGUCUACCGCGAAAAUCGUAUAUCGAAGUUUCGUUAUCUGCCUCUCUAUCGCUCAAUUUGCAAUAUUGAUAGAGGCAGAUAACGACAUUUCGAUUUUCGCGGUAGGCCGUCUGAGGUGAAGCGACGGCUCGCCCGUGAGCUCGAGUUUGUGACAAAUAUAACUGCCAUUCGUUAAGUAAUAGUUAUACAUCCAUGGUUGGAUUCGACGCGUAGUCACAUAACUGAUAGCUUCGUAGUUUUCGGCUUCGUCGGUGCACAGCCGGUCGUAUUUGAUACAUUUUUCGAUUAUUCGAUUUCUAAAUUGUAAUAGAUUUAUUAAGUAUGUAAUAAUGUUACAUGAAAAGUAAUAAGUAAUGAGAUACCCUAAUAUAAUUUGUGUCUUAGCUGGUAAAAAUAUUAAUAUGAAAAUAAGUUUGUAUCGCUUAUUGGGAUAAUAAUGUAAAAGUGAAACGAAACACAAGCAUGGAGGCAAUUCGAGCGACAAAGUCGCAGCAAGUACAGUACCUAUAGAGGGGUAAACGCGCAUGUGACACCUAUAGAGUUGCAAGCGCCCAUAGACGAUGUCCGCCUUCCAUCAGGGGGACCGUAUACCUGUUUGCCACCAUGGUGGUUGUGCAGGGGUAGAUUGGGAGACGAGGACGAUAAGACUGGGCGAGGGAACAGGAUGGACUAUUCAACCUGUUGCACUUCAUUGCCUUUCUGAAUCUAUUUAGUUUGCCAGUAAAUAUGUAUGAGUAGGUAUCAGUGACAGUGACCAAGCGUGGCACAUCCAGUCUAUUACAAAGUGAGGACUAUAAUGUAAUGUUGGGGAGUCUACGCCGUUUCCAAUGAAAUGUUGUACAUAGGUACCUUUAGAUUCUAUCGUCAUAUGUUUGACAUAUGUUUAAUUUUAUUCAUCUAAGAAAGUACAGAUGGCUGUUGUUAUUUUUAUAUAAUUUGGGUAGAAGUAUAUUUUUUGUAAAUGACCUCUGUAUUUAUCUUUUGUAAGCUUUGUAAGCCAUAGGGACUUAGAUAGUGAACGAGCUACGAACAUUGUGAUUGCAAUUGUAAUUUCUAUCCACGGCGAUAUAUUUGUUCUACGUGAAUAAUUAUUAUUUUCAAUGCGACGGUUUUUUUCUUAAUAAUUUUUGUUACUUCAGAGUGCAAUAUGUACAAAUAUUUACAUAUUAAAUAUAAUGUACAGUCAA